CUUCGGAUACCCGUGUUGCUCGGCGCACCAGACUCCUGCUGGCUUUGCCGGCCCAGCCCAGCUGAGCGUGGGGGUGGUGAUACUGGGCUGGCGCGGGCCUGGCUGCUGGAAGAAACUCCCCCAGGGUACGGCCCCUUUCAUACUGGGAAGGAAGGCCCCAUGCUUCUCGAUUUUGCAAGCAGAACGGCCCGGCACCCCAGAGGGAAUUGCACCGUAUCAAAUCUCUCCCCCGCACCGUUUUUUCCGGCAGCAAUUGGUGCCUGGGCCCUGCCUGGCUCGGGCUGGAGCUGCGGCCGUAAGGACUGAGUUAGGCUCUGAGCGGCACUGGGCUGUGGCUCCCCCCGUCGCAGCCAUGGCGGCGCGGGUGGCUCAGCGGGACGCUGCCGAGCGCUACCUCUUCGUGGACCGGGACUCGGUGGGGAACCUGGCCACGCAGGCGGACUGGACGGCCAAGCGGCUGGUGUGGGUGCCCUCGGAGCGGCACGGCUUCGAGGCAGCCGGCCUGCGGGAGGAGCGGGCCGACGAGGUGCUGGUGGAGCUGGCGGAGAACGGGCGCCAGGUGCUGGUGCCCAAGCACGAGGUGCAGAAGAUGAACCCCCCGAAGUUCUCCAAGGUGGAGGACAUGGCUGAGCUGACCUGCCUCAAUGAGGCCUCUGUGCUGCACAACCUCAAGGACCGCUACUACUCUGGCCUCAUCUACACGUACUCAGGGCUGUUCUGUGUGGUCAUCAACCCCUACAAGAACCUGCCCAUCUACACGGAGCAGAUUGUCGAGAUGUAUCGGGGCAAGAAGCGCCAUGAGAUGCCACCCCACAUCUACGCCAUCUCGGAGGCUGCCUACCGCAGCAUGCUGCAGGACCGAGAGGAUCAAUCCAUCCUGUGCACGGGCGAGUCAGGCGCCGGGAAGACGGAGAACACCAAGAAGGUGAUCCAGUACCUGGCCCACGUGGCCUCCUCCCACAAGGCCCGCAAGGAGCAGAGCAUCCCGCUGGAGUCGCCGAACCUGGCCAGGCACCUGGGCGAGCUGGAGCAGCAGCUGCUUCAGGCCAACCCCAUCCUGGAGGCCUUCGGCAACGCCAAGACGGUGAAAAACGACAACUCCUCCCGAUUCGGUAAAUUCAUCCGGAUCAAUUUUGACGUGGCCGGCUACAUUGUUGGAGCCAAUAUAGAGACCUACCUGCUGGAGAAGUCUCGCGCCAUCCGGCAGGCCAAGGACGAGCGAACCUUCCACAUCUUCUACCAGCUGCUGGUGGGGGCAGGCGAGCACACAAAGGCUGAGCUGCUGCUGGAGCCGUUCAACCAGUACCGGUUCCUGUCCAAUGGGUUCCUGCCCAUCCCAGGCCAGCAGGACAAGGAGAUCUUCCAGGAGACCAUGGAGUCCAUGCGCAUCAUGGGCUUCUCCCCUGAGGAGAUCCACAACAUGCUGCGGAUGGUGUCGGCCGUGCUGCAGUUCGGGAACAUCGUCUUCCGCAAGGAGCGAAACACGGACCAAGCCUCCAUGCCGGACAACACCGCCGCCCAGAAGCUCUGCCACCUGCUGGGGCUGAACGUGACCGAGUUCUCCCGCGCCAUCCUCAUGCCGCGCAUCAAAGUCGGGCGCGACUACGUGCAGAAGGCCCAGACCAAGGAGCAGGCGGAUUUCGCCGUGGAGGCGCUGGCCAAGGCGACCUACGAGCGCCUGUUCCGCUGGCUCGUCCAUCGCAUCAACCGGGCCCUGGACCGCACCAAGCGCCAGGGAGCCUCCUUCAUCGGCAUCCUGGACAUCGCCGGCUUCGAGAUCUUCCAGCUGAACUCCUUCGAGCAGCUCUGCAUCAACUACACCAACGAGAAGCUGCAGCAGCUCUUCAACCACACCAUGUUCGUGCUGGAGCAGGAGGAGUAUCAGCGCGAGGGCAUCGCCUGGGACUUCAUCGACUUCGGCCUCGACCUGCAGCCCUGCAUCGACCUCAUCGAGCGCCCGGUGAACCCCCCGGGGGUGCUGGCCCUGCUGGACGAGGAGUGCUGGUUCCCCAAAGCCACCGACAAGAGCUUUGUGGAGAAGGUGAUCCAGGAGCAGGGGGGGCACCCCAAGUUCCAGAAACCCCGGCAGCUGCGCGACAAGGCCGACUUCUGCAUCCUCCACUACGCCGGCAAGGUGGAUUACAAGGCGGAUGAGUGGCUGAUGAAGAACAUGGACCCGCUGAACGACAACGUGGCCACCCUGCUGCACCAGAGCACAGAGCGCUUCACCGCCGAGCUCUGGAAGGACGAGAUCGGGAACAUCCAGAAGGUUUAUUUCUUUGACAGCUACGCCGGGGUGUCCCCAGGCCAAGGUGAAAUGGACCGGAUCGUGGGCCUGGACCAGGUGAGCGGCAUGGGGGACGUGGCUUUCGGGGCCUCCUACAAGACCAAGAAGGGAAUGUUCCGCACCGUGGGCCAGCUCUACAAGGAGUCGCUGGCCAAGCUCAUGGCCACCCUGCGCAACACCAACCCCAACUUCGUGCGCUGCAUCAUCCCCAACCACGAGAAGCGGGCCGGGAAGCUGGAGCCCCACCUGGUGCUGGACCAGCUGCGCUGCAACGGGGUGCUGGAGGGCAUCCGCAUCUGCCGCCAGGGCUUCCCCAACCGCAUCAUCUUCCAGGAGUUCCGCCAGAGGUACGAGAUCCUGACCUCCAACGCCAUCCCCAAGGGCUUCAUGGACGGGAAACAGGCCUGCGAGCGCAUGAUCAAGGCCCUGGAGCUUGACGCCAACUUGUACCGAAUUGGCCAGAGCAAGAUUUUCUUCCGGGCGGGGGUGCUGGCCCACCUGGAGGAGGAACGGGACCUCAAGAUCACCGACAUCAUCGUCUCCUUCCAGGCCGCCGCGCGCGGGUACCUGGCCCGCAAGGCGUUCGUGAAGAAGCAGCAGCAGCUGAGCGCCCUCCGAGUGAUGCAGCGGAACUGCGCCGCCUACCUCAAACUGCGCCACUGGCAGUGGUGGCGUCUCUUCACCAAGGUGAAGCCGCUGCUGCAGGUGACGCGGCAGGACGAGGUGAUGCAGGCCAAGGCUGUGGAGCUGCAGAAAGUGCAGGAUCAACAUGUGAAAACCCAGAGCGAGCUCAAGGAGCUGGAGAGCAAGUACCAGCAGCUGGCGGAGGAGAAGGCGAUCCUGGCGGAGCAGCUGCAGGCGGAGACGGAGCUGUUCGCCGAGGCGGAGGAGCUGCGGGCGCGUCUGGCCACCAAGAAGCAGGAGCUGGAGGAGAUCCUGCACGAGCUGGAGGGGCGGGUGGAGGAGGAGGAGGAGCGCUGCCAGCAGCUGCACAACGACAAGAAGAAGAUGCAGCAGCACGUUCAGGACCUGGAGGAGCAGCUGGAGGAAGAGGAGGCGGCUCGGCAGAAGCUGCAGCUGGAGAAGGUGACCACGGAGUCCAAGAUGAAGAAGAUGGAGGAGGAUUUGCUCCUGCUGGAGGACCAGAACUCCAAGCUGCACAAGGAGCGGAAGCUGAUGGAGGAGCGCCUGGCGGAGUUCACCUCGCACAUGACGGAGGAGGAGGAGAAGGUGAAGAGCCUCUCCAAGCUGCGCAACAAAUACGAGGCCGUCCUCGCCGACAUGGAAGAGCGGCUGAAGAAAGAGGAGAAGGGGCGCCAGGAGCUGGAGAAGCAGCGACGUCGGCUGGACGGGGAGACGAGCGACCUGCAGGAGCAGCUGCUGGAGCUGCAGCAGCAGCUGGAGGAGCUCCGGGCCCAGCUGGCCCGCAAGGAGGCCGAGCUGCAGGCUGCCCUGGCCAGGCUGGAGGAGGAGUCAGCCCAGAAGAACCAGGCGCUGAAGGCCCUGCGGGAGCUGCAGGCCCAGCUGACAGAGCUGCAGGAGGACGUGGAGACAGAGCGGGCGGCUCGGGCCAAGGCCGAGAAGCAGCGACGGGACCUGGGCGAGGAGCUGGAGGCCCUGAAAACUGAGCUGGAGGAUACGCUGGACUCCACCGCCACCCAGCAGGAGCUACGGUCGAAGCGGGAGCAGGAGGUGGCAGAGCUGAAGAAGGGGAUCGAGGAUGAGGUGAAGGUGCACGAGGCCCAGGUGCUGGAGAUGCGCCAGCGACACGCCCAUGCCCUGGAGGAGCUGUCCGAGCAGCUGGAGCAGUUGCGCCGGGUGAAAGGCACCCUGGAGAAGGCGAAGCAGGCGCUGGAGGGGGAGAAGGCGGAGCUGGUGCAGGAGGUGAAGGGGCUGCAGGCCACCCGGCUGGACUCGGACCAGCGCCGCAAGAAGCUGGAGGGGCAGGUGCAGGAGCUGCAGAUCCGGGCCAGCGAGGCCGAGCGAGCCAAGGCCGAGCUUGCCGACCGCGUGGGCAAGCUGCAGAGUGAACUGGACAGCGUCUCAGGGGCCCUGGGCACCACGGAGUCGAAGACGACCAAGCUCGCCAAGGAGCUGGCCACCGCGGAGUCCCACCUGCAGGACACCCAGGAGCUGCUGCAGGAGGAGACGCGGCAGAAGCUGGCGCUGGGCUCGCGGGUCUGGCAGCUGGAGGAGGAGAAAGGCGCCGUGCUGGAGCAGCUGGAGGAGGAGGAGGCUGUGAAGGCCAACCUGAACCGCCAGAUCCAGGCCCUGCAGCAGCAGGUGGUGGAGGCGCGGCGGAAGCUGGAGGAGGACGCGGGCACGGCGGAGGCGCUGGAGGAGGCCCGGCGGCGGGCGGCCCGGGAGCUGGAGCUGCUGGGGCAGCGCUGGGAGGAGAAGGCGCAGGCAGCCGAGAAGCUGGAGAAGAACCGGGCGCGGCUGCAGCAGGAGCUGGACGAUGCCAGCCUGGAGCUGGGCCAGCAGCGCCAGGCUGUGGCCAACCUGGAGCGUCGGCAGAAGAAGUUCGACCAGAUGCUGGCGGAGGAGAAGCUGGUGUCGGCGCGCCACGCGGAGGAGCGGGACCGGGCCGAGGCCGAGGCCCGGGAGAAGGAGACCAAGGUGCUGUCGCUGACCCGGGCGCUGGAGGAGUCGCUGGAGCUGCGGGAGGAGCUGGACCGGCAGAACAAGCAGCUCCGGGCUGAGCUGGACGAUCUGGUCAGCUCCAAGGACGACGUCGGCAAGAACGUGCACGAGCUGGAGCGGUCGAAGCGGGCGCUGGAGCAGCAGGUGCAGGAGAUGCGGGCGCAGCUGGAGGAGCUGGAGGACGAGCUGCAGGCCACGGAGGAUGGGAAGCUGCGGCUGGAGGUGACCCUGCAGGCCAUGAAGGCGCAGCACGAGCGGGAGCUGCAGAGCCGUGACAACACCGACGACGACAAGAAGAAGCUGCUCGCCAAGCAGGUGCGGGACCUGGAGCAGGAGCUGGACGGCGAGCGGAAGCAGCGAGCCCAGGCGGUGGCAGCGCGGAAGAAGCUGGAGCUGGACCUGCAGGAGGUGCUGGGGCAGAUCGACGCCGCCAACAAGGGGCGCGAAGAGGCCGUCAAGCAGCUCCGCAAACUGCAGGCCCAGAUGAAGGAGCUGUGGCGGGAGGUGGAGGAGUCACGCACGUCCCGCGAGGAGAUUUUCAUCCAGUCCAGGGAGAACGAGAAGAAACUGAAAAACUUGGAGGCGGAGCUACUGCAGCUGCAGGAGGAGCUGGCGGCGGCUGAGCGAGCCAAGCGGCAGGCGCAGCAGGAACGCGACGACCUGGCCGACGAGCUGGCCAAUGGCGUCAGCGGCAAGUCGGCGCUGCUGGAUGAGAAGCGGCACCUGGAGGCCCGGAUCGGGCAGCUGGAGGAGGAGCUGGACGAGGAGCAGAGUAACGCGGAGCUGCUGAACGACCGUUACCGCAAGCUGAGCCUGCAGGUGGAGACGCUGACGACGGAGCUGGGGGCCGAGCGCAGCUUCUCGCAGAAGGCGGAGAACACCCGGCAGCAGAUGGAGCGGCAGAACAAGGAGCUGCGAGCCAAGCUGGGCGAGCUGGACUCCUCCGUCAAGGCCAAGUACAAGCUGACCAUCGCCACCCUGGAGGCCAAGGUGGCCCAGCUGGAGGAGCAGUUGGAGCAGGAGUCCAGGGAGCGGAUCCUGUCGGGGAAGCUGGUGCGCCGGGCGGAGAAGCGGCUGAAGGAGGUGGUGCUGCAGGUGGAGGAAGAGCGCCGGAGCGCCGACCAGUUCAAGGACCAGGUGGAGAAGGGCCACAUCCGGCUGAAGCAGCUGAAGCGGCAGCUGGAGGAGGCGGAGGAGGAGGCGUCACGGGCGAACUCCAGCCGGCGCCGCAUGCAGCGGGAGCUGGACGAUGUCACCGAGUCGGCCGAGUCCAUGAACCGCGAGGUCACCACGCUGCGCAACCGGCUCAGCAAGUUGGAGCGUCUCCAGCGCAAGCGCACCCCCCUGACGUUCACCACCCGCACGGUGCGUCAGGUCUUCCAGCUGGAGGGCGUCUCAGACGAUGAGGCCGACGGGCCCAACGCAGAGACUCCAGCCCCUGACCAGCAGCCGCAGCCCCCCCCAGCUGAGCCCCCUGCCCCAUGAGGGGCCCCGGGACCGGGCCCCCUGGUGCAGCGAUGAAGCCAGGCCCAGCACUGGGCCGUGGGCCCCAUCCCGGCCUCACGCUGGGGGCUGGUUGUGGAUCAGGCAGCACUUUAGAGCGGGAGUCCUGGAGGGGGUGGGGGGGCUGCAGCCUAACUGGAUCUCCUAUGGAAUAACCCCCAUGCCCCCCACCAGGGUCUGACCGCCAGGGGGGCACAGCAAUGGCUCCCUCCUACUGGGAUCCCCCCUGACCCAACACCCCCCAACCAGGAAUCCCCUGCAACCCAGCCCCCCCAGCCUGGGAUCUCCUGCCCCCCCCCGACCCAGCACGCCCAACCAGGGAUCCUCUCCAACCCAGCACCCCCCAGCCUGGCAUCUCCUGCCCCCCCCAACCCAGCACCCCCAGUCUGGGAUCUCCUUCCCCCCGACCCAGCACCCCCCCAGCCUGAGGUCCCUCCCAACCCAGCACCCCCAGUCUGGGAUCUCCUGCCCCCUUGACCCAGCACCCCCAGCCUGGGAUUCCCCCCAACCCAGCACCCCCAGUCUGGGAUCUCCUGCCCCCUUGACCCAGCACCCCCAGCCUAGGAUUCCCCCUCACCCAGCACCCCCAGCCUGGGAUUCCCCCCAACCCAGCACCCCCAGUCUGGGAUCUCCUGCCCCCCUGACCCAGCACCCCCAGCCUGGGAUCUCCCCGACCCAGCUACCCUCCCACCCCUUUGCCUGUUCAGCCCCAGGACUAGAGGGGCCACCUGGGCACAUUUCCCCCACCCCUCCCCUCCCCUGUGCUGUGGCGCUGGCCAGGGGCGCCCCCACAAGCUACACCCUGGAAGAAGCAGGAACUGAAGGGUUAAUGGGUUCCCUGGGGCUGAACCCCCGCAACUCAGAUCCCGUCCCAGGCCCCACAGCGAGACCCCUCACCUGGUGCCAAUGUGUCACCCCUGGCGGCUGGGUCCUGCCCCCGUCUGGGGCACCCCGGCCUCUGGCCCGGCCAUCAGGGGCACCCCGGGGCCUCAUUGGCAUCAGCCCCCUCCCUGCCCUAUGGAGCCGCCCCCCCUUGGGUCCAUCUACCCUGGUAUCCCGCCCCCUUCCUGUCCCUCAGACCAGACCCCAGGCCCAUCUAGCCCCACAUCCUUCCCACCCACCAGGAUCGGGUCCUCUGAGUUCCCCACGUCAGCAGCUCAGUGUAAACCCUAGCAGGUCCACCUGGGGUUACAACCAACAAACGGUGGGACCCCCCCCCUGCCCUGAAGAGCAAUGGAAACUCUGCUAAGCCCUCCCCCUCUCCAGCAAAUGCUGGGUCGCCAAUCCCCUCCCCGCCAGGCCCCCUUUUCCUAGCGUCUCUUGGCCUUUGGCUGUGGGGGUCUCCCCCUCUCCCUGGUUGGAUCCUUCCCCCCCCCCCCUCCCGUGCUGUUCUCUCUGCACAGUGAUUUGGGGCAUGGAGGCUCCUAAGGUGGCUGGGGCUGGAGCCGUUGUGGGGUGUUUCCCCCCCUGGGCGGGCAGGGCUGGAGUGGGCACUGGCUGGGUGAGGUUGUGGGGAGUUCAGGGGGUUCUGUUUGCUUUUCGUUUUACACCCCCCCCCCCCCGGUUUGUGUCUUCUAUUAAAAUUCAUCUCGGA